AUAUGCAACAUACAUGCUAAUUCUUUUUCAUGCAAUUUGAUUAACCUAUAAACCUUUUUGAUAAACAGAUAUGCUAUCAUAAAAAUAAGGUGAAAGUUUAGUUUCUGAGUCUUGCAGUUAUUAAAUGGAUACGUUGGAAGCCUUUGUAAUUUUAAGCACUUUAGGGACAUGUAUUUUGCCAGCUGAGAAAUGCCCUUGAUUUGUCACAUUUUUCUUCUACAUAUUAUCCACAGAGCUAGCGUAUAUGAUAAUUUCACUAAUAAACAAUUUCACUGACAAAGAAUCCAGAUGGGAAAAGCCACUGAAGUGUUAAUAUACUGAUAACAUCUUCUUGAACUUUCACUCAAAUCCGUGUCAAAAAUACAGCUGCCGGCUAUUUCCAGCUCUUUUCUAUAAAUACGCCAUUUGAAAAACUUCUUAAAGCUCUUUGCUAAAACCUCAGAGGUUCAUUUGGUGAAUAUAUUUCAUAGAAUCAUAGAGUUGGAAGAGACCUUGUGGGCCAUCUAGUCCAACCCCAUGCCAAGAAGCAGGAAAAUUGCAUUCAAAGCACCCCUGACAGUGGAGUGACUUUAAUAGCUUUGAACUGGUUAAGAAAAGUCAAAUUUUCAUUGUAACUUUUGUCCAGCUCACCCAGCCUCACAGAUGUAUUUCAGAAAUUUCAAGCUUAUAUGCUUCCUUUAUUAUCUUUUUAAUUGUCAUUUAAACAAGAUCCACAGAAUACUAGAUUUGAUUGCAUUUUUAUCUUUGGUAUUUGAUUUGUUUCAAAGUAUGAGGGUGUAUGGCCAUGUUCCAGAAGCAUUCCCUCCUGUUGUUUCGCCCACAUCUAUGGCAGGCACCCUCAGAGUUUGUGAGAUCUGUUGAAAACUAGGCAAGUUGGGUUUAUAUAUUCGUGGAACCAUGAAAAUGAACAAAAUCUGGCUACCAGUAUUUUUUUUAAAAAAAAAAACUCUCUAAGAUCAGGAUAGUAAAUAAAGAGCAACACUCAAAAAACAGGGCAAUUCCAGGGCCAGGUAAUCCCAGUUUUUGAGUGUUGUUCUUUAUUUACUGUCCCGAUUUUAGAGGUUUUUUUUAAUACUGGUAGCCAGAUUUUGUUCAUUUUCAAGGUCAAGGAGUAAGCACCCAGACCUUGAAACUGAAAGACUAUUCAGUGCGAAUCAUGGUGUCCAGUUGCAACAAUCACACUUGCCUCAAACAGACAAGAGUUCUUUCUCCCACCCUGGACCUUCCACAGAUGUAUAAACCCCACUUGCCUAGUUUCCAACAGACCUCUCAACCUCUGAGGGUGCCUACCAUAAAUGUGGGCAAAACAUCAGAAGAGAAUGCUUCUGGAACAUGGCCAUUACAGCCUGGAAAACUCAUAGCAACCCAGUGAUUCCGGCCAUGAAAGCCUUCAACAACACUUUGUGUUAUUUCCUGUUUAAUUGUAUAGUCCUUAUUUUGAAAGUACAGUAGAGUCUCACUUAUCCAAGCUAGACGGGCCGGCAGAACCUUGGAUAAUAAGGGGGAAUUAAGGAAAAGUCUAUUAAACAUCAGAUUAGGUUAUGAUUUUACAAAUUAAGCACCAAAACAUCAUGUUAUACAACAAAUUUUACAGAAAAAGUAGUUCAAUACGCAGUAAUGUUAUGUUGUAAUUACUGUAUUUAGGAAUUUAGCACCAAAAUAUCAUGAUAUAUUGAAAACAUUGACUACAAAAAUGGCUUGGAUAAUCCAGAACCUUGGAUAAGUGAGGCUUGGAUAAGUGAGACUCUACUGUGGUUGUCAUGCUCCAGAAACUUUGUUUUUGUGCCCACAAACUACAGUAGAGUCUCACUUAUCCAACGUAAACGGGCCGGCAGAACAUUGGAUAAGCGAAUAUGUUGGAUAAUAAGGAGAGAUUAAGGAAAAGCCUAUUAAACAUCAAAUUAGGUUAUGAUUUUACAAAUCAAGCACCAAAACAUCAUGUUAUACAACAAAUUUGACAGAAAAAGUAGUUCAAUACGCAGUAAUGUUAUGUUGUAAUUACUGUAUUUAGGAAUUUAGCACCAAAAUAUCAUGAUAUAUUGAAAACAUUGACUACAAAAAUGGCUUGGAUAAUCCAGAGGCUUGGAUAAGUGAGACUCUACUGUGAUUGUCAUGCUCCAGAAACUUUGUUUUUGUGCCCACAAACAACAGUAGAGUCUCACUUAUCCAACGUAAACGGCCGGCAGAACCUUGGAUAAGCGAAUAUAUUGGAUAAUAAGGGGGGAUUAACGAAAAGUCUAUUAAACAUCAGAUUAGGUUAUGAUUUUACAAAUUAAGCACCAAAACAUGAUGUUAUACAACAAAUUUGACAGAAAAGGUAGUUCAAUACGCAGUAAUGUUAUGUUGUAAUUACUGUAUUUAGGAAUUUAGCACCAAAAUAUCACGAUAUAUUGAAAACAUUGACUACAAAAAUGGCUUGGAUAAUCCAGAACCUUGGAUAAGCGAGGCUUGGAUAAGUGAGACUCUACUGUGGUUGUCGUGCUCCAGAAACUUUGUUUUUGUGCCCACAAACUAUGUUAAAUUGGUGGAGAGACUAUAUGAUAUUAAAUCAUUGAGAAACUUGAGCAAAACGUGCCAUAGCAGGACGUCCCUCCUGCAAAGACAACAUUUUUGCAGUUUAAUAAACUUUUCCAAUGUGUUUAUGAUAGAACCAAUUAGGAAAUUACAUUUAUAUUCCAGGAACAAAAAUCAUAGUCCCUUCCAAACACUGGACAUGUUCAGUGGGAUGAAGUCUAUAGCGUUUAGAUUUGGGUCCCAUCCCGUGGAUCUCUCACUCUGCAUAUGCAAAUCGUGCUGGCGAGUCACGUGACCUUCCUGGCGUCACUCCUGACGAAGCCGGGGAAGAGCGUCCGGUCGUCCGCCAUUUUUGUUUCCCCCCCGGGCGGAGGAUGGGGCGGAGCCUUCCCCCGGCGCUCUUGGUGCUGCUGCCUGUGCUGCUGAGGGGAGGGGAGGCGUCGCCCAGGAGGAGCCCUUCCCUUCAGUCCCCCGCCGGGGCAUGUGGAAGAAGGCCUGCUGUGAAUGAGUUAGCAACCGGAAGUCGCAUUAUAGGUGGACGUGAUGCCCCACCUGGGGCAUGGCCAUGGCAAGUUAGUCUUCAGAUUCACCACAUUCCUGUAGGAUAUCGGCAUAUUUGUGGUGGAUCUUUAAUAAGUCACAACUUGGUGCUGACAGCAGCACAUUGCAUUAAAAAUAAUAGGGAUCCAGAGAUGUGGAGAGUUGUGAUUGGCAUGCAUCAUCUUUAUAAAGAUUAUCCUUACACUGUAAAGAACCAAGUUAAAGAUAUUUUGAUCCAUUCACAUUUUGAACUUGCAACCAAUGAAAAUGAUGUUGCAUUGUUCAAACUAAUCAAGCCUGUCAAGUAUAAUGCCUACAUUCAGCCUAUCUGCUUACCUGAGACUUCUCUUCUUCUCACUGAUGAGACCCCAUGUUACAUCAGUGGAUGGGGAAGCACAAAGGAGAACGGUGUAGGUGAACAUAUAUUACAAGAAGCUCAGGUUGACAUUAUUCCACUAAGAAUUUGUAACAAGUUUGAUUGGUAUGCAGGAGCAAUAUCAUUGAAUACUAUUUGUGCUGGUUCUGCAAGUGGAAAUGUUGAUAGCUGCCAGGGUGACAGCGGUGGUCCUCUGGUGUGCUAUUUUCCAAAUGCCUCCAGAUAUUAUCUGUUAGGAAUUACCAGUGCUGGCGUCGGCUGUGGCAGGCCAAAAUACCCAGGACUAUAUCUGGGAGGAUGCUGUUACACAACGUUCUAUGAAGAAGCAGAAUGUCCUUUUGUUGCACUUGCGGCAUCAUUUAUUAUUUUUUAAGCUUUUUUCUGCUUGCAAAUACUUAACAAAAGUAAUUAAAUUGGAUUGUUUCCCACUGAAAGUGAUAUCCCAAGUCAGUUAUGGCUUCUUUGAGUCCCACUGAUUUCAAUAAUAACUAUGUGCUCUAAUCCAACUUGUCAUUUUCAAUAAACAAUUUUCUGUUAUUUUA